UCCCAGCUGAUAGGGUGACGUGGAGUUUGGAGAGGCUUGGAGAUUGGCUUUUUGAUUUGGCUUCUUUGCUGCAGUUGUGCACAAGCGAGCUGUGUCUGUCUCUCAGACAGAAACCAACCUGGCUCCAAGCUUGCGCCUGCUUGCUCUGUGAUGCUGGAAAGCCGCUCAGCUGAAGGAGUGAUGGUGUGAGAGAGAAAGCGAGGGAGCAGGGGAAAGCCCAUCCUCUCCUCUUGCAAUCUGGGGGUGCAGUCGUCAUCUUCCUCUCAGCACCUCCCUCCCUCCGUCCUCGUCACCAUCCUCAUCCUCAUAAUCCCUACCUUCAUCUCCACUCUUCCCGUCGCUCCCUCCCUCCCCCAUCCAAAUUACUCUGCACACGACCGAAAAGCAAGGCUGGUGGAAUUAUCAGCAGUGUCACCCCCACCCCCAUUUCCAGAUGCACUUCCCCACUUGCAGCGGCAAAAGAGAACCCGGGUUUUCCUGCAAACAGGGCAAGUUGGAUUGACAUGCCAAGGAAGACCCCCGCCACACACACACACACACACACACACACCCGUCCUGUCCUGGCAACGAUUUGCCACGAGAUGCAAUGAGAUCGUUUUAAAGAACCGGAAGGAUCUGUAACUGGGGAGAAAGAAGGACCCCCCCCCUCAAAUCAAAGAAUCGGGAAGGAUUCUUGACCUGGUAAGAAGACGGUUGCCUCUGUACAGUGGAAGUUAAAUCUUGUGUAUGGCGUGGUUAAGGUUGCAACCUGUCACCUCAACCUUCCUCCGCUUUGGGCUAGUUACCUUUGUGCUGUUCUUGCAUGGUCUGCAGGUGGAUGCUGGCACAGGGGCAGAUUUAUCCAGCACAGGACAUAACAUCACCACCUGCUCAGGUUCUUCUGAGUGCAAGGAGGGUGUUAUCUUGCCAAUAUGGUACCCAGAAAACCCAUCUCUUGGGGACAAAAUUGCCAGAGUUAUUGUUUACUUUGUGGCACUGAUCUACAUGUUCUUGGGAGUCUCUAUUAUUGCCGAUCGUUUCAUGGCGUCCAUAGAGGUCAUUACUUCACAAGAGAAAGAGAUUACAAUCAAGAAACCCAAUGGAGAAACCACCACAACCACCAUCCGAGUAUGGAAUGAAACUGUUUCCAAUCUGACCCUCAUGGCUCUCGGUUCCUCUGCUCCCGAGAUUCUUCUGUCAUUAAUAGAGGUAUGUGGUCAUGAGUUCAGGGCUGGUGAUCUGGGGCCUUCUACCAUAGUUGGCAGUGCAGCUUUCAAUAUGUUUAUCAUCAUAGCCAUCUGUGUCUAUAUCAUUCCUGAUGGUGAGGUUAGGAAGAUAAAACACUUGAGGGUUUUCUUUGUCACAGCUGCUUGGAGCAUCUUUGCAUACAUCUGGUUGUACAUGAUCCUCGCAGUCUUCUCUCCAGGUGUGGUCCAGGUAUGGGAAGGCCUGCUCACUCUGUUCUUCUUUCCUGUUUGUGUCACCCUGGCUUGGCUAGCAGACAGAAGGUUGCUGUUCUAUAAGUAUAUGCACAAAAAGUACCGUACUGACAAGCACAGGGGUAUUAUCAUUGAGACUGAGGGGGAACACCCCAAGGGGAUUGAAAUGGAUGGUAAAAUGAUGAACUCCCACUUUCUGGAUGGAAACCUAGUGCCUAUGGAGGGGAAAGAGGUGGAUGAGUCUCGCAAGGAGAUGAUCCGGAUCCUCAAGGAUCUGAAGCAAAAGCACCCAGAAAAAGACUUGGACCAGCUGGUGGAAAUGGCCAAUUACUAUGCCUUAUCUCACCAGCAAAAGAGCAGAGCAUUCUAUCGGAUUCAGGCCACCAGGAUGAUGACUGGAGCGGGCAAUAUUCUAAAAAAGCAUGCGGCUGAGCAAGCCAAGAGGAGUGCUAGCUUGCAUGAGGUGCGACCAGAAGAGCCUGAGGAAUUCAUCUCAAAAAUUUAUUUUGAUCCUUGCUCCUACCAGUGUCUUGAGAACUGUGGUGCUGUCCUCCUAACAGUCGUCCGAAAAGGAGGGGACAUAUCCAAGACCAUUUAUGUGGACUAUAAGACAGAGGAUGGCUCUGCCAAUGCUGGGGCUGACUAUGAGUUUACAGAAGGGACAGUUGUUUUGAAGUCAGGGGAGACCCAGAAAGAGUUCUCCAUAGGAAUCAUCGAUGAUGACAUCUUUGAGGAAGAUGAGCAUUUCUUUGUGCGCCUCAGCAACCUACGGGUGCUUGAGGCAGAGGAGCCUCCUGAGCUCAACAACUUGCCAUAUCCCAAGGCCAUACUGGCCUCGCCCUGCGUGGCUACUGUGACUAUCUUGGAUGACGACCAUGCGGGCAUCUUCACUUUUGAGUGUGAUGUGAUACAUGUCAGUGAGAGCAUUGGGGUGAUGGAGGUGAAAGUUCUUAGGACAUCUGGUGCCCGAGGUACAGUUAUAGUCCCCUUUAGAACAGUUGAAGGGACAGCAAAAGGAGGUGGAGAGGAUUUUGAAGAUGCUUAUGGAGAGCUGGAGUUCAAGAAUGAUGAAACUGUCAAAACUAUUCACAUCAAGGUAAUUGAUGAUGAGGAGUAUGAGAAAAACAAGACUUUCUUCAUUGAGCUGAUGGGCCCACGCAUGGUGGAUAUGAGUUUACAGAAAGCACUCCUCCUGACUCAAGAAGUGGCAGAAAGGAAGCUGACAAUGGAAGAGGAGGAAGCCAAGAGGAUUGCAGAGAUGGGGAAGCCAAUACUGGGCGAACAUCCCAAACUGGAGGUUAUCAUUGAAGAGUCAUAUGAAUUCAAGAGUACCGUGGACAAACUCAUCAAGAAGACAAAUCUGGCAUUGGUUGUAGGAACACAUUCCUGGCGGGACCAGUUCAUGGAAGCAAUUACUGUCAGUGCAGCAGGUGACGAAGAUGAGGAUGAGUCCGGUGAGGAGCGGCUGCCCUCCUGCUUUGACUAUGUCAUGCACUUCCUGACCGUCUUCUGGAAGGUGCUCUUUGCCUGCGUCCCACCCACUGAGUACUGCAACGGCUGGGCUUGCUUUAUUGUGUCCAUCCUAAUCAUUGGCAUGCUCACCGCCGUCAUUGGAGACUUAGCUUCUCAUUUUGGUUGCACUAUUGGUCUCAAGGACUCAGUGACUGCUGUUGUCUUUGUGGCCUUUGGUACUUCAGUUCCAGACACUUUUGCUAGCAAAGCAGCCGCUGUCCAAGAUGUGUACGCAGAUGCUUCCAUCGGCAAUGUCACAGGCAGCAAUGCUGUCAACGUCUUCUUGGGCAUUGGACUGGCAUGGUCAGUGGCCGCCAUCUACUGGGCUUACCAGGGACAGGAGUUCCACGUGACAGCAGGCACUCUUGCCUUCUCCGUAACGCUGUUCACCAUUUUUGCUUUUGUCUGCAUCAGUGUCCUGCUGUACCGAAGACAGCCUCACCUUGGAGGGGAACUAGGAGGCCCCAAAGGGUGCAGACUUGCCACAACUUUGCUCUUUGUGAGCUUGUGGCUACUGUACAUUUUGUUUGCCACGCUGGAGGCCUAUUGCUACAUCAAAGGGUUCUAAGCCGUGGAGAGAUGAUCCAAUCAGAAGGGAGGGAUUCCCUCCUUUGUUACCUCAUUGGACACCAGUCCUCAAUACGUUGUCAAACCAAGAGUGACAGCUAUCAAUCAAGAUUCCAUAACUGCCCAGACUGAAGGACAACUGGGCUUUAAGAAGGGCAAAACUAUCAUAAUAAAAGUUUAAAAAAAUAGAAGCCAACAUCAUCAACCCAGCCAUUAAUCCCAUCCAGUCAAAUAAAAAACUUCAGCAGUUUUCCAAGUUCACAUUUGUUGCUGCUGAACUCAACUUUGUUCCUUCCUCCGCCUUACAAAAUGUCAUGUAUUAAGAUGGAAGUCAUAUAAAUAAUUUGGGUGAAUAUUUGGUUUUCUUUUUUUAAAAAUUGGGGGUGGUCAAUCUUCCUUGAUUUGUUUUUCUUUUUAGCACUCCCAAAGGGGGCUGAAAACUAAUCAACACACAUCCAAACCUCGAGCCAGCAUCAGAGAUGGAGUUGAAAAUGCUACAUUUUUUUUUACAUUGCAUAAACAAUUUCAAUCAAAAGACUCACUUUUUCACUUUAUUUUAGAGUUACAGUAUGAGAUUGUUGUAUCUUAAAUGCAAACACAACACACACAUACACACAUUCAGGAAAACUACCAUUGAAGGCUAGAGCAUGUAGCAAUCUGAUCACCUACCUGGGCUACCAGAAAGAAAAGAAAGAAAGAAAGAAAAGACCUCUAACAAUAGUGUAUGUAACCUGUAUAUUUUGAAUAUGGCAAUUCUCUUUGUGUAAGUAACUUAAAGCUUUUGACACUGCAGAGAAUGGAAAAUAUCAUCAUUUAUAAAAGAUAAAUAAACCAACACAAGGAAAAUGUCUGCGGUGUGGAAAACAAGAGCAAGAGAAAACCAGCACAAGUUUCUUUUUUAAAAAACAUGAUAAGGUGUUCCAUUUAUAGAAGGAAAGAAAGGUUUCUUUUUUUAUGGAAGUGAAUUGAUGUAAAUAAUUUGCUGUUCUCACUUGUUUUGGUGCAUUUGAGAAAACUUCGAUGUGUUAAGAUGCCACUCGAAGUCUUACAAGCAUUAUCCUCAUGGGUUGACUUUGCUCUUAAAAAAAAAAAUAGAGGAGUGGGGAAAGGAUUCUGGUGAUUCUUCUUGACUAGGAAGUCCAGACUGCAAUAUGGAUGAUUCUGUGGCUACUUAAUAACCUGCUCAUAAAAGGACGCUCUCAGGGUGAUCUUAUACCUGGAGCCCCAGCCACUCUUGGGAUUUAUGGUUUGAAGUAGACUUUCCAUUAUCACCACCCUGCAGUUAAAUUCAUGAAUGAAACAUCUGGGAUGCAAUUUAAUAAGCCUACAUUUGACCAUUCUCUUGGUGUUCUGGCCAGAUGACUUCCUCGCCUCUUUUAAGGCAGAGUAUGACCCCAUGGAUGAUGAUACACAUCUGGUUACUGUAGUGCACUAGCAUCUUAUUAACUAAACACAGUGAACACCAAUAUCCUUGGGAUUUUGUGGGGAGGGAUUUCCAUUUUUCCCCUAAAGAAAAAACUGAAAAUAUUUUUCCAGCUCAUGUGAUGUUUUCCAUUCUAAUUAUCUGUGUUGCAACUCCCAUUGUGUUUCUUUCACACCCUCCUUUCAAAGGGCCAGUGCUUUCUGGUCUUUAUAUUAGAUGGGGAAUACCGUCUUGACUGCCACCAUUCAAAGGACUUCUGCAUCAUAUGAAGAAAGUUCUAGAAAUGCACCCUUUUAAUUUCCAAUAAUCAUCUUUUUUAAAGAGAAAGGCAUUUUAAAAAAUUUAAAAUAUAUAAAUGAAUAUCAACAACUGCAAACUGAAGGUUUGGUAAUAAAUAAAAGCUAUACGUAUAACUAUAUAAACAUAUUAUAUAUACAUAUUUCUUAAGCGCAAGAAGUAGGACUGUUUAUGCUUUAUUUUUUAAGAGGAAGACAUUUUCUUCUGUCAAAAAAACAAAAACCUUAGGUGCUCUAAAGGAAUGUCUUCUUCAUAAAAGCCAGGCUUAUUAAGGAGCACAGAGAGAGCUCAAUAGCUAGUAAACAAGGAAAAUGAAAGGUGUCUUUAUUGUUCAUUGUUGUACAAGAGUGCAUUAGUGAUGGUAAAGAAGUUUUAGAAGUGGAAAGAGUGCGUGUGACUGUGUGUCUGUGUGUGCAUCAAAAAGUGAAUGGUAAACUGCAAUGGCCAAAAAGAAUGCUUUUAGUGAACAUGGAAAUGAAGGUACAUGAUCUCAGAAAUGUAUGACAAUGAAUGAAAAUGAUCCUUAACUGGGGGGGAAAGUAUUUAUUUUCAUAUGAAACCACAAAGAGUUUGCUUAUGUGCCACAUCCCAUUUCUUAUAAACAUAUAUAUUAUAUUAAGAAAUGUAAGAGGGAAAUGAGAAUGCUUUGCUCUUUCAUACCAUGUGAGCUUGGUGCAGGAAGUUACAGCUCUGAAAACUAGUAAUGAGAGAACAUUAGGAGGUUUAUUCUAGUAAGCAAGGGGGGUUCUGAAGCUGCACAAAAAAGUCACCCUGCACAAUAAGUUGUGAUUUUUGUGGACAAAGCGCACAAUCUGCUAGCAAGGUCUCUUGGGCAAGCGCCAUUCAAAUGCCUGGGAGCUGCAGAGUAGUGAUGGACUGUGCGCUAAGUCAGAGGGAUGAUUUCUUUUUGUGGAACCCAUUUUACCAGGCAACCCAUCCUCAGUUCAAGUGCAGGGGUUUUAACAUUUUCCAUGCUUUCCCCAUCUGUUCUGUACUUUUUGCAACUUUUCUUUUAUUGUUACCUGCCCCAAUCCUUCAAGAAGAGGUGGGCUAGAAAUCUAAUUAGAUAAAUAUAUUGCCGCCUGUCCUUAAAAGGGACUCUGUACAGAAUAUUGACCUUUGAAAUGGGAAGCUGGUUAUCAAAUUAUCAGCUCUUCGGGAUUCCAACAAAAAAGACAAUUAAAAAGUUAGAGUUUCUUGUGAAUGGCCUCAACCAACUAUGAUCUGUGCCAUUUAACACUAUGUUAUUUCAUACUGAUUUGAUGUGCUAAGGCCUUGGUAUCAAUUACCUUUUUAUCUGAACUGACAAUGUUCUCUUACUGCUAGUCCUACCAUGCUUGUCUGUAUGUAUGUUUGGGUUUAUUUGUCACGUUUGUAUCCAUUUCACCCUUCCCCAAAGGAGCUCAGGACAAUGCAAAUGAGAUCCCACAUUGUCCUCACAAUAUCCCAGUGGCAUGAGAUUAGAUGGAGAGAUAAAUGACCUCUGUGCUUCUCAUUUCUGCUUGUGGAAAAUCUUUGUGAGGCCUCAAAGAUCACACAUCCAGUCCAGUGAAAGCCAUCAUCUCAUCUGCUUUGAUGGAUUCCUCCAUGAAACCCAUAUGGGCAAUUUUUCUUUGUUUUUAAAACUGACCUUGGGGUUCCCUCAAAUAAGUGAUAAGGUUUCAGGCAAGGUCUUACUAGCUCCAGCCUAGCUCCCCCAUUCCUAGUUGAUAGCCUAACUGGAUACAACAAAAAUGCUGUCAAUCUUGUUUGCUUGUGCUGUAUCAAACACAUUAUUUUCAUUUGCUUCUUUCUUAAGAUCACCUUGUUGGGGGUAGACUGUAUGCCAUUUCCCAUGUCAUGGUUACUUUGCUGUCCUUAACAUGCACUGAGAUGAACUGUUCUGGGCCAACAAUAUCAGUGGAGUGUUUCUUCAUUUUAUUUUUUAAGUCAUUAAAUACAAGAGAAGUAAAUUAAA